AUGGAGGACAUAUUAGUAAUUGUAUCAGCUGUCAACUUGGAUAAAGAGGAUAACGGAGAAGCAGAUAUGGGAUCUUUGCAAGGACCUGUGAUUUGUCCUGUCGUUCGUGCAAAACAAAGUGGAGGUUACGCUGUCCCUCUCCGUACUAAGGCUAGGUUAGGUCAAAGUUCAUUCUGGGGUGUGAAAGCAAUUAAUAAUGGAGCUAGUGUGCCUAGUCAGCGUGUUCGGGCAAAAAAUGUAAUUAGGUGUACCUUCAGUUCAUCAUCAAACGGCAAUGGUAGCAUGGCAGGAAAUUUCAAUGAGAAUGAUGCAGAUUAUGUCAAUUCAAGCGUCUUAGAAGCAGUUGAGGUGCGGAGUGGCCCUGAUGGUUAUUUCAUGGUCAAGAUGAGGGAUGGUCGGCAUGUGAGAUGUGUCCACAACAACCCUCAGAGUGGACAUCUUCCUGAUUAUGCUCCACAUCCUGCAAUUGUGCUUAAGAUGGAAGAUGGGACUGGUCUUCUUCUUCCUAUCAUUGUUUUGGAGAUGCCCAGUGUGCUCCUCAUGGCAGCUAUGCGCAAUGUUCAAAUUGCUAGACCAACAAUGUAUCAAGUGGUGAAGGAAAUGGUUGACAAGAUGGGCUACUCUGUGAAACUUGUAAGAGUGACUAAGAGGGUCCAUGAAGCAUAUUUUGCUCAGCUGUACCUUACAAAGGGUGAUGAAACUGAAAAUAUCAGCUUUGACCUUCGACCAUCUGAUGCAAUUAACAUUGCUGUGAGAUGCAAGGUACCAAUACAAGUCAACAAAUACUUGGCACAUAGUGAUGGCAUGAAGAUGAUCGAACCUGCAAAGCCCUCAGUACAGACAUCCUCUUCUGAUGGCUUGUUGUUUACUGAACUGGACAGGCCUUCUAGCCAACCAUGCAUUGAAACAACGGAGUUCAAUCUUAUUCGGAACAUGAUGGUCGCUGCAUUUGAGGAACGCUACCAUGAUGCAGACAUGGCAGUUUUUCAGACAAUUUUAGGUGCUUCUGUACCAUAUUAUGGUCACAGUAAAUUUAGCAGGGAAAAGAAGAAGAAAGACUACAUCAUGUCCAGAAUGGUUUCGAGCUCUCUUGGAGAUACAGACAAGGAAGAUUGCAACGCUUGUAUGCCUUUUAUUGUAGAUGUAAGGGAUUUUGAGGAGCAAAUGGCUGUAAACAAGUUUCGGCGUGUUUUGAGCGUGGAUAACUUGCUGCCUUCAAAGCAUGAUAAUUAUCACACUAUGCUCAGGUUUCUGAAAGCCAGGAAGUUUAACAUUGAGAAAGCAAAAUCUAUGUGGGCCGACAUGCUUAAAUGGAGGAAAGAUUUUGGUGCUGACACAAUCUUGGAGGAUUUUCAAUUUGGGGAGAUCGAUGAAGUUCUGCAACACUACCCUCAGGGUUAUCAUGGUGUAGACAAGGAAGGAAGACCGAUCUAUAUAGAAAGAUUGGGACAAGUGGACAUGAACAAGCUUAUGCAAGUAACUACAGAAGACAGGUACAUAAGAUAUCAUGUUCAAGAAUUCGAGAAAUCUGUUUCCAUAAGGCUGCCUGCUUGCUCGAUAGCUGCCAAGAGACAUGUGGAGGGAAGUAUGUCAAUUUUGGAUGUUCAAGGAGUGAGCAUGAAGAAUUUGAUCAAACCUGCAAGGGAUGUCAUUUUCAGGCUGUUGAAGAUCGAUAAGGACAAUUAUCCAGAAACACUUCAUCGGAUGUUGAUCGUUAAUGCUGGUCCUGCCUUUAGGCUGGUGUGGAAUGCUAUAAGGCCAUUUCUUGACCCUAAAACCGCUUCUAAGAUCAAUGUUCUUGGCACCAAUUAUCACAGUAAACUGCUUGAGAUUGUUGAUGACAGUGAAUUACCAGAUUUCCUAGGCGGAAGCUGCACCUGCUCAAAGGAAGGAGGGUGUUUGAGAUCAGAUAAAGGACCAUGGAAGGAUUCAAAUAUAUUACAGAUGGUCCAAAGCGGCGAUUUCCAGGGUUUAAUUCAAACAUCAGUUUCAAAUUGCCAGGAAAAGCAUGAUGACGGCGAUCAGCAACAACAUAUGGUAACUUUAGUUUCACCCUUGGCUUCAUCAGUUCAUCUAUCAGAAUUUCAUCUUGGUUUUUGGGGUUCAUAUGAGGUUGUAAUUGGUGGACAGAUAAGAUAUAUCGGUACUGAAUCAAAAAGCAACUCAGAAUCUGGUGAUGAAGAUGUUGUAUCAUCAGCACUAAUGUAUGCAGAGUUGAUGAAAACUCCUGUCUGUGAAGAAGUUAGAAGCUGA